AUGUCUCCGACCUACCUACCCCAAUAUCUGUCAACUGACGCAGCUGCUUACAACGGUCACAAGAAGGAUACGAGAGGAGGCGUGAGCUAUACGUGCGAAGGAGUCGGCGAUCAUGUCGUGGGUGGGAUGGACAUUCAGGAAUCCAGGCACGACAAGCCUGGCAUCCUCGGCAAGAAGCAGAAUCCAGCGGAUGAUCAUAUAUGA